AUGGAUAGUAUGAUCGAAAACGAGUCGUUCGACUCGACAUGCGACGAAUACUUUGUUAACGUAACGGUGGAUGCCGCUUCUCUCAUCUCCUACUCCGAUGCCCAAGUCGUCGUCAUCACGAUACUUUUACCAAUCGUUCUCCUCGUCGGUCUCAUCAACAACAUCGCCUUCAUCUACGUGGUGGUCCGGGUGCAAUGCAUGAAAACAAUCACCAACGCGUGCCUCGUCAACCUGGCCAUAUCGGAUCUCAUUUUCCUGACAAUAGCCAUAGGUGAUAAGAUAUGGGCGUAUGUCCAUUCGCCCAUCACCCCCGAUCAUUCGCAUUUAGGUCUCAUCGGCUGCAUCUUCACUGAGAUCACGGUGAACACCACGUACUUAGCCUCCCUGUUCUUUGUAACGCUUGUAGCCCUGGAGCGUUUUUACGCAGUAUGCCGUCCACAGAAAGAGCGCGGGUCGGCCGCCAUGAGAACGUUCCGAUGGUUGCUUAUUGGCUCCUGGGCCACCGCUGGACUCAUCUCAGCAACCUUCAUACCCGCCAUCAGUAAGAUACGUAAUUUCUGUGCCUUUUGGCCCGACGAAGAGCCUUACAACACCUGGCCAACGACGUUCCAGUGGUGUGUACCCAUUCAAGAAUGGACUAUAAUCUACACGGACAGCGUCCGAGCCAUUCCCUUCUUCAUCGCGUUCUUUAUCAACGUCUUUCUCUUUGUCGGCAUCGUCAAGGGCCUCAACCAGGCGGUGGAGAGAGCGAAGAUCAUGGGCAAACGCGAUAAGAACGUCAAGUUACGUAAUCAAAUCACGUGGAUGCUGAUCGUCAACGGGUUGGCGUUUUUUCUCUGCCUUGCCCCUUUCGAAAUCAUCUCGAUCAUGAGGGCGAUGGGAGGCUUUAAAUCCACCACUAUGCUGGAGCAGGUUUCCAUGCACUUUGCUCAGAUGCUUGCGUACCUUAACUCCCUGAUCAACCCCGUCAUUUACAUGGCUAUGAGCACCAGAUACCGAGCUGCCUUCAUCAACGGCCUCCUGCCUGCUCAGUGCCGGCAGCGCUGGCAGAGUAUGGGUUUACAGAGCAGUACAGGGCACAUCAGCAUGACAAAUUCAAAUGUUCAUCAUGAGCAUGUCAACGGUAACUACGGAUGA